UUCUCGCGGAGUUUUUUGAAAUUUCAAUUAAAUAUAAAGAUCAGCAGAUAAAUUUAAAGCUAUAUAAUGGAUUUCGAUGCAUUGUUGGAGAAAUGUGGCAAUUAUGGACGUUAUCAAUUUGUUUUGCUACUCGUUUAUGGCUAUACGAAUAUAAUGUCCUCGAUGCACUACUUUGCACAAACGAUAAUUAGUUUUACGCCAGAGCAUUGGUGUAAUCACGAGCUGCUCGAGAACCUAACUUAUACUGAGAUACACGAUCUAUAUGCCGAAAUUGAGAAUCCUUCGUGCACUCUGUUGGAUGAUAUUGUGAAUGGCACAGCGGUUGUAUCAGAUUUCGGUGAAUGCGAGGACUGGAUAUUUAAAUAUGAGCAUGGUUAUGAGAGUGUGACAACAGAUCUGAAAUGGGUUUGUGAUGAUGCUGUGAAAGGUGCAAUUGGACAAUCUUUCCUCUACCUAGGCUCUGUGUUGGGCACAAUAUUGUUUGGUUUUCUAGCCGAUAAAAUAGGACGACUGCCAACGAUGAUGCUGACCACACUCACCGGAUCGGCUGGCGAUUUUAUUACAUCUUUCGUCACCACACCGCAUGCGUUCGCUGCAAGCCGCUUCAUUUCAGGCUUAAGUAUAGACACAUUAUUCUAUAUGAGCUACAUAAUGGUUUUCGAAUACUUGGAUCCGAAGAAGCGUACUUUCGGCUUGAAUAUAAUAAUGGCGUUCUUCUAUUGCUUUGGUCUCGUCAUAUCACCGUGGUGUGCCAUAUGGGUGGGCAAUUGGCGUAAAUAUUUAUUGAUUGCUUCAUUGCCAGCGCUCGUCGUGUUCGUCUAUCCUCUUUUUAUAGUCGAAAGCGCCCAAUGGCUGGCCACAAAGGGUGACUACAAAGGCGCUGUACGUUGUCUCAAGCGUGUGGCGAAAUUCAAUAAGAGGGAGGUAGAGGAGAGACAUUUCGAUGAUUUCAUAUCGCAUUAUGAAGAGAAAAUGGCCGGUGAGCAUAAGGAGAAGGAGGAAAAGGAUACUUUUACGGGAGUUUUUAGAACGCCGCGGUUGCGUAAAUUCAUCAUCGUGUUGUUUAUAAAAUCCAUGAUCACCACCAUCUCCUACGACAUUAUCAGUCGCAAUAUGGAAGGUUUCGGCUCAUCGCCAUUCCUGCUCUUCUCACUCACUUCAAUCGUUUACAUACCAGCUGGCUUUACGAUCAUCCUACUACAAAAUCGUAUUGGUCGCAAGGGUUUGGCAUGCGGUUCGCUCUUGGUCGGCGCUAUACUCACCGCCAUAACGGGUGUGUUGAUUGCGUUGCUCGAUCUGAAGGAACACGCUGUCCAUUUGGCAUGUAUGAUCGGCUUGGGCCGUUACAUAGCCAUUGUUUCGUACGAGGCGGAGGCCCAAUAUGCUGCUGAAAUAAUACCGACAAGUGUGCGUGGUCGCGGCGUAGCGAACAUACAUGUGGUGGGCUAUGCCUUCAGCUUUCUGAGCGCGUAUGUGAUCUAUUUGAGUACAAUCUUUAAGCCGCUGCCAUCGAUCGUUUUGGCAGUGCUGAUGUUGAUUGGUGCGGCGUUGUGUCUACUGCUGCCCGAGACGUUAAAUCAAAAAUUACCAGAAACGCUGUUGGAUGGCGAACAUUUCUGCAGCGAUGAAAAAUGGUAUUAUUUCCCUUGCAUAAGUCGAAAGAAGGAUGAUAAGGAUAUUGAGAUAACGAGGUUGUGAUGCCUUCGAGUGGGGUGGGUGUGCAAAUGUAUUUUUUAAGAAAUUAUUAUUUAAACAAUUUUUACAAA